CAACAACUGUUUCAUGAUAUUGAAAUUAUUGUGUAAAUCAGGAGUGGAAAAUACGUACAGAAGUGGUACUUGUAAAUGUGAAAUGCAUUGCUGUGGAAAGACAUGGCAGUAGAAUGGAGACAAAAGAGUUAAUUCUACCAAUUGCCAGAUUAGGAAAUGGAACUAACUUUUAAAUUCAUCAUCAAUUGAAAUUGGCUUCAAUUCAUGACGGUAUUUCUAUAAGACUAAAAUUAACAACAUUUGCAAAAAUGCUUUAAAUCCUAACACUGUAAGGGAUUGUGUUGUAACACUAGGAUUAAAGCCAAGAGUUCAUUUGUUUAUUUUGCCUUGUGCCUCUCAGCAGGUCUCUGCCAUGGGGGACAAGGAAACAAGAAAUCACUCAGAAGUGACUGACUUCAUUCUUGUAGGCUUCAGGGUUGGCCCAGAGUUGCAUAUUCUCCUCUUCCUGCUAUUUCUGGUUGUAUAUGCCAUGAUCCUUCUAGGCAACGUUGGGAUGAUGACCAUUAUUGUAACCGAUUCCCGGCUGAACACACCAAUGUAUUUCUUCCUAGGCAACCUCUCCUUCAUUGAUCUCUUCUAUUCAUCUGUGAUUGCACCCAAGGCUAUGAUCAACUUCUGGUCUGAGAGCAAGUCCAUCUCCUUUGCAGGCUGUGUGACUCAGCUCUUUCUCUAUGCCCUCUUUAUUGCAACUGAGGGAUUUCUCCUGGCAGCCAUGGCUUAUGACCGCUUCAUUGCCAUCUGCAAUCCACUCCUCUACUCUGUUCAGAUGUCAACACUUCUCUGCACUCAGUUGGUGGCUGGUUGCUAUUUCUGUGGCUGCAUCAGUUCAGUUCUUCAGACCAGCAUAACCUUCACCUUAUCCUUUUGUGCUUCUCGAGCCAUUGACCAUUUCUACUGUGAUAGUCGCCCACUUCAGAGGAUUUCAUGUUCUGACCUUUUUAUCUAUAAAGUGGUAACUUUUUCUUUAUCCAGCAUUAUCAUCUUGCCUACCAUCGUAGUCAUUAUUGUUUCUUACAUGUAUAUUGUGUCUACAGUUCUCAAGAUACGCUCCACCGAGGGACGUAAGAAAGCCUUCUCCACUUGCAGCUCCCACCUUGGAGUCGUGAGUGUGUUGUAUGGUGCUGUCUUUUCUAUGUAUCUGACUCCUGACAGAUUUCCUGAACUGAGUAAAGUGGCCUCCUUAUGUUACACCCUAGUCACCCCCAUGUUGAAUCCUUUGAUUUACUCUCUGAGAAAUAAAGAUGUCAAAGAGGCUGUAAAAACUGUUUUAGAGAAGAAAAAUACCAUCCUUUGAUUAUCGUUUCUGUUCUACCAAUUGUGUUGUUGA